CGCAGAGAGUGCGGUCACCUGCUGGAAUCUGAAGCGAACACGGAAGUCUGUCAGAGUGGGACUGGAUGUCAAAGAACUCCUCCGCUGUAAAGAACUCACCUGCCCGUCAGCUGCGGGCUUCAUCAGCGGGACACGAUGUUUAAGAAGCUGAAGCAGAAGAUCAACGAGGAGCAGAGUCCUCUGAGGACUGCACAGUCACCGCAGCAGGCCCAGUUGGGUGCAGGAGACCGGCGCAGCAGUCAGACCCCUCCCUUACAUCAGGAUGGUUCCCCCUUACCCAGUGACAGAGAGAGUGCCUCCAAAGGACCGUCCAGAUCUCCCAGAGGUAGCAUCAACGGGGACGGAAGUGCUUCUCCUCACAGAGAGGAGACGCAGUCCUUUGCACAGAAACUUCAGCUCAAAGUUCCCUCAAUGGAGUCCCUGAUCCGGGGCGGGGCCAGUCGAGCAGAAAACCUGUUCAGAUCUCCGUCCAAAGACAACCUGACCCGGAGCUCGUCAAGGGACUCCCUGACACCUCUAGGUGAAAACGACUCCCCAGGCGGCCCCACGUAUGACCCUCCAUCAGAUAUUGAGAGUGAGGCUGAGGAGCCACCAGGAACCACAGAGUCUCUCUCCAAAGAGCAGCUGGUGCACCGACUGCUCAGGGUGGAGAGGAGUCUGGGGAAGUACAGAGGGAAAUACUCUGAGCUGGUCACUGCAUACCGUACAGUACAACGAGAUAAAGAGAAGACACAGGUCAUCCUCAGUCAGAGCCAAGAUAAAUCUCUCCGCAGGAUAGGAGAGCUGCGGGAGGAGCUUCAAAUGGACCAGCAGGCCAAGAAACACCUACAGGAAGAGUUUGAUGCUGCCCUGGAAGAGAAGGAUCAGAUGAUUACUGUUCUUCAAACACAGGUCGCUCUGUUGAAGAAACGAGUGAAGGGGGUCUCUGACGGCGCUGGGCCACCUGAGGGCGACACCCCUCAAUCUGAAGACGCUUCAAACUUGACUUCUUCAACACGAAGCCCUUUGAAGGGGGAGGGGGGAGAGGCUGAAGGAGAGGGCAACAGCGAUCCGACCAAACUCAUGGAGGCUCUGCAGAAGAGAGUGACGAGGCAGGAAAACCUUCUGCAGAAAUGCAAAGAAGUGAUGCGCACACACAAGGAGCGAAGCGCCCAGCUGGGGACUGAGAACGAGACUCUGCAGGAGCAGCUGCAGGAGAGGCUGCAGGAGCUGGAGAAGACGAAGGAGCUGCACACGACAGAGAAGACCAAGCUGAUCACUCAGCUGCGUGAUGCAAAGAAUCUGAUCGAACAGCUGGAGCAGGACAAGGGGAUGGUCAUCGCAGAGACAAAGCGGCAGAUGCAUGAAACCUUGGAAAUGAAAGAAGAGGAGGUUGCCCAGCUCCGCUCACGGCUCCAGCAGACGAGCGCUCAGAGGGAAGAAUUACAGGACCAGAAAGAAAAAGCAGAGAAGUCAGCAUUUGAAGAACUCGAGCGGGCCUUGGGUGUAGCUCAGAGGGCGGAGGAGGCCAAAAAACAGCUGCAGGUUCAGCUGGAGGAGCAAGUGAGAGAGGUUGAGAGGGCGGGCGAGGAGGAGAGGAAGAGUCUGCAGCAGGAGCUCACAAGAGUCAAACAGGAGGUCGUCACCAUCAUGAAGAAGUCAUCGGAGGAAACGGUCGCCAACAUGGAGAAACUCCACGGUGAAGCUUUGGCCGCUAAAGAGGAGGAGAUGAGUGCCAGAAUCAGCAAAGCAGUGGAGCAGUGCAAAGAGGAGUUUUCUCAGUUAGGAACAGAGCGGGAGCAGCAGGCCUCUCUGGCUCUGGAGGACGUGGAGCUGCAGAAGAACGCUCUGAGGACAGAGGCUGACAACAGAGUGAGAGAGAUACAGCUGGAGCUGGAAGCUGCAAGGACUAGAAUCAUGGAGCUGGAGAGCUCUCUGGAGAAGAUCUCACAAGAUGGAUCCAGUCAGUCCCAUGAACUCUCCGGUCAGCUGGGCGAGCUGAGGGAGAAACACAAAGAGCAAAUCUCUGCAUUAGAGGAAAAGCACCAGGAGCAGCUGGAAAAGCACACAGGCACCCUGACCCAGCAGCAUAAUGCUGAGCUGGAGGAGCUGAGGGAGAAACACAGAGCUGAAGUGGAGACCCUUGUGAAAGAUAAAGAACUGCAGCUCCAAGCACAUGUUGAAGACAUGAACCAGAAGACUUUAGAGAAGCUGGACGCAAAGCAGACGGAGCUGGACGACGUUUCUGCUGAACUUGCUGAGGCUUUGAAGAGUAAACAACUUCUGGAGGAGGAAUUGGUGUCAGCUAGAGAUUCUCACAGCUCAGCUCAACAGGAACACGAGAUGAGGCUUCAAGAUCAAGAGGCGAAGCACAAUGCUGAGCUCGCAAAUAUCCAACAGGAGCAUGAGCAGUCACUUGGAGGAGUGGAGAAAACUCUGAAGGAGGAACUCAAUGCGAUGAAGAUCGUAGUGAGGGAAAAACAAAAAGAGGUAGAGGAUCUCACUCAAAGAGAAAAAACACUACAAGAAGAAUCAAAUUCUGCUGGACAAGAAUUAAACGUGAAGCUGAAGCAGCUGGAGGAGCUGCAGACAUGUUUAUCAGUAUCCCAGCAGGACAAAGAGAGCCUCAAAGACUCUAACACACAGCUAGGCAAGAUCACAGAGGAGCUGGAUCGCUGUCAGAGGGAUUUGGCAGACGUGGAGCAUCAGGUAGCGGAGGCAAAGAGUGACUGUCAACAAAAAGAGAAGCUGCUUCAAGAACUGGAGCAACAGCUACAGAAGAGCAAAAACCAGCUCUCAGAACAGGAGAAGACUUUCACUGCAGACCUGAACGCCAAACAGGAGGAACACACACGACUCGUCAAACUGCUCGACGAUGAAAAAGCUGCUCACGAGAAGAAACUGAAAAACACUACAUCAGAGAUGGAAGCCAAGCUGAAGUCUCAGGAAACUAAAAUGGAAAAGUUCAAGCAAAAAGCCAAAGAAAUGCAGGAGAACUUCAAGAAGAAGCUGCAAGUGAACGAUGAAAACAUGAAGAAGGAGCUGGCGAAGAAGGACAAAGAGCUGCAGAAGAAAGAGCAGCAGGUGCAAGAGAAGCUCGUAGAGAUGUCUCAGAGUUCCCAAGGCCUCAGCAGCGCGAUGACAGAGCUGCAGACCAACCACAAGGAGGAGGUGGAGAAGAUCCGUGAGGCCCACAAGCAGGAGAACGAGGAGCUGGAGCGUCGUUGGCAGGAGAAGUUUGGACAGCAGGAGGAUGAAUUAACAGAGAAGCACUCGCUCUCGCUGCAGGAGAAGGCUCAGGAACUGGAGGAAAUCUCUCAGCAACUUAACAGAAGCAAAGAAGAGAGCGAGCAGGUGCUGUGUGAAAUAAAGAAUCUAAAGGAGGAGCUGGUGAUCAGGGAAACCACCGUGCAGAAGCUGCAGGAAGAGCUCAACGGAGCAGCCGUUAAGGUUGAGAGUUUGUCUCAGGGUGAAGCUCUGCUCAAAGAGCAAAUGGAGUCUGUGGAGAGGAACCUUAACCAGGCUCUGAACGAGAGGAACUCCCUCCAAGACGUGCUGAACACUACAAAGGAAGAGAGCAGGGAGAAGUUAAAGACCUUGGCAGAGAAGAUGGCGGAAACAAAGAAGCAGCUUAAAGCGGUGGAAAGAUCGAGGGGGAAGGAAAGUGAGGAAACUGCCUCUCAGCUGAAAGCCAAGGAAGCCGAGUUUCAGCAGCAACUGGUGAUGAUCCGAAACCAAAUGGUGCAUCAGUGUUCAGAGGUCCAGUCCAAGGUGGACUGUGGAUCCAAUGAGCUCUGUCAGAGGGUGGAAUGUAGGCUGAAUGAGCUGAAGGAGAAACUGACCUGUACUCAGAAGAAGCUUGGGCAUCUCAAGAACAUCAUCCGUACUAAAGUAGACAGAAUCUGCACUUUAGAGGAGAACCUCCGGCAGCAGACGGAGGAGAAUAAGAAUCUAUGCAUUUCUUUAGAACAGAGCACUGCUCAGGUAAACGCUCACGCCGAGCAUAUCAAGGCCUUAACGCAGGAGAAGGACACUCUCUCUCAGACUAUCCUUGAGAAGGUUCAGAAGAUCGAGGAGCUGAGCGAAGCACACGGUGACAUGUCCAAAAGUAUGAAAUCAAACGAGUCCGAUAUCAGCAACUUAGAGAGCAUCAUCGGGGACUUGAAAACUCAGCUAGCAGGGAGAAUAACAGAGAAGGAAGAAGCCAUAAAUCAGCUGAACCAGCAACAUGAAGAGGAGAGGCGACAGGCCGCAGCUCAGACCCAGGAGAGCGUGGAGAGGUUGGAGCAGGAGAGGAGGUGUGCUGGAGAAGAGGCAGACGCUCUCAGGAAGAGUCUGUCAGAGAACGAGAGCAGAGCAGAGACCAAGUUCACCCAAAGUGAAAACACCAUCAAAGCUCUGCAGACCCGGCUGGACCAGCUGGAGCGAGAGCUCUCUGCCAAAGACGAAGCCCUGCAAAGGCUGAGAGCGAAUAUUGACAAUCAGUCCAUCAGCAAGUCUGAGAUGGACCAGGUGCUGAGCGAGAAGGAGCAGAAGGUCAGCGGACUCACCGUGGAGCUGGAGGGAUGCAUCAGUCGGCUCAGUGAGCUUCAGGAGCAGAUAGCCUUAAAGACAAAAGAGUGUGAGCAACUCACAGCCGACCUCCAACAACAACACGGCAUCAGGGAGAAGGAGAAAGAGGAGCUGGAGGAGCAGCUGCAGCAGAGUCAGCAGCAGUGCAUGCAGAAUGGAAAUCUGGAGCAGGAGAUGGUUCAUAAACUCAACUCUCUGGAGGAAGACAACCUAAAGUUUAAGGACAAGCUUGAAGGUCAGAGGGAGGAAUUUGAGAGGAUGAAAGAUGAGAUGGUGAAGAGCAAAGAGGAGAGUCUGAAGGAAGCUGAAGAGAGGUUCUCUGCAGAGAGCGCCCGGAAAGUCUCAGAGCUGAAGAAGAAAGCCGAGCAGAAAAUCAGUCAGGUGAAGAAACAGCUGAAGUCACAGCUGGAGGAGAAAGAGCAGACAAUCAAAGCUCUGCAGGUUAGCCUGGAGGAACUCAAGAGCAACGACACGUCAGGAAAACAACUCACAGAAACCUUAGAGGAGAAAACAAAAACUCUGGAGGAAGCUCUCGUCACGCUUCGAGAGGAGCAGCAGACACAGCUCCAGGAGGUUCUGAGUAAAGAGAAGCUGGAGUGGGAGAAGUCUUUAGAGGAGUUGAAAAAUGGGUACGAAGAGAAGCUGUCCUCUCUUCAGAGGGAUGCAGCGCAACAAGGAGAGCCUCAGGAAACAGAAGAAGGGCUGCAGAACAUCAAGGCACAGCUAGAAGAAGCCCAGCAGCAGAACGGAAACCUUCUCGCUGAAGUAAACCGGCUCAAAGAGGAGAUGAGUGAGAAGGACGCCCAGCUCCAGCAACAUCAGGCGGCCAUGAAGGUGGUCCAAAACUCCUCAGAGGGUGAGAUGAUAGAGUGUAACAGCGUACAGAAAACAGGGAGCGCCAUGGAAAACCACUCGAAGAUGCAUGACGAGGACGAGGCCCUGAAGAGCAACCUGAGUCAGAUGAAGAACGAGAAGGACAGAAUCCAGAAGGACUUCACCCGGCUGCAGAAAGACAUGCGGUCUCUGAGGAAGGAGCACGAGCAGGACCUGGACUACAUGAAGAGAGAGCUGCUGGGGGAGAGUGAGAAAAAGAUGAAGCUGGAGCUGGAAGACGUGGAACUGAAGCACAAUUCUGCAAUCAAGCAACUAAUGAGGGAGUUCAACACCCAGAUGGCCUUAAAGGAGAAGGAGAUAGAGACAGCAGUGAAGGAGGCGAUUGCGAAGGCCCAGAGUGUGGAAGCAGAGCUCAUCAGCAGUCACCGGGAAGAAGCCGGUCAGCUGAAGAAGCUGAUCACACAGAAGGAGGAGGAUCUGCACAACACGGUUCAGAAAUAUGAGCAUGUCUUACAGAGUCGAGAGGAGGAGAUGGGAGACCGAGUGUGGCAGGUCCAGAAGGAGCUGGAGGAGCUGCAGGGGAGGAGCCAGGUCUCUGCUGAGAUGACACCAGAAGAGCUUCAGGCUCAGCUGGCCCAGAAGACGACUCUGCUGAGCGAGGCUCGUCUGAAGGAGCAGGGCUUUGUGGAGAGAAUUCACUCGCUUGAGGACAAGAUUAAAUGUUUCCACCGGAGCACUGUUGUAACUCAUCUGGGGAGCACUUUCAAAGGAGAACAGGAGAACAGGAGAGCAGGAGAACAAGAGAACAGGAGAACAGGAGAACAGGAGAACAGGAGAACCGGGGAGCUGUCCUGGUUGCAGCAGCUACGUGGGCCGCAGGAAAUCCACGUGGAUGUGGACAUGUCUGAGUACAGCGACAGAACCUUCCAGGCCAAACACGUGGCCAAGGUCCACAUACUGGUCUCACCUUAUAACUUCUAA